AUGUCGGAAAUCCGGACAUCAAAAACCCGGAGCGUCAUAAAUCCAGAUCGACGGUUAUUCGAAGAACAUGGCGAACUCUUAACCUUAUUCGAGAAAUUCCGAGAGCUGAAGACUAAAGAAGACCAGGCAAACAGUCUGGAACUUCAGGAGCAUGCGAACACGGUGAUGACCACACUGGAUGAGGGCAUCAAGGGUUUGGAUAACCUGGACGCCUUCUUCGACUUCCUGCAUCAAGUGGGGGCGUCACAUCGCAGGAUACCCGGCUUCAAGGCCGAAUACUUCUGGAAAAUCGAGCAACCCUUCCUGGAAGCAGUCGAGACCACGCUUGGAGAUCGCUACACAGAAAACGUGCAGAACAUAUACAAAAUAACCAUAAAGUUUAUCAUAGAAACUUUGGUGAACGGAUUUGAUAAUGCGAACACAACAACGCCUACGUGAAACCUUUGUGCUUUUGUGAACGAUGAUUAUUGGUACGCUCCUCGUAUAAAGGUACUGUUAGUGUGGAAAUUUCGUAUAUAUGGACAUUUUAUAUGCGCUCUGUUAAUAUAGGGAAAUGAUAUACCCUUCGUGUAAGUAUAAGCAGUAAAAAAGGUUAAAAUGGCAACUACGCAACUGCCGAUCGCUGGUUGGACGGCGGGUUCCCCGACCCAGCAAGCAUCAGAAGAAAGCAAUGUUGCCGUUUCUUAUUUUGUUGUAUAACGUUCUAUAUACACUAAAGAAGAUGCCGCUUUGUUUAGAUGGAAUACCUAGGUAACAUUUACAUUGUAGGUGCAACUGAUCAGUGAUCUUUUUGAGUUUUUGAUGCAAAAAGCCGAUUAUUGAGCUAACAUGUAGUAGGUAAUAUACAAGUGGCAUAUUUUGCUCAUUUUUUCUAUAUAUAUAUUGAAAAAUGUUCUGAAAAUGUCAUUUGCUAUACAAGGUCUCCCAGAAUUCAUGGAUUUACAUAGAAUAUAAUAGUAUUAUAGAUGAUUUGAUAUUUGGAUCAGUUAUGCAACAACAACAACCUCUGAAUUGACUUGCUCAUCGUACAGUGUUAUCUAGGUGCUUCUGUUUAAAUUUCAUAUAGUGAAAUAUAACCUGUCGAGAUAAACCAGAUUUAGUUCUGAUACACGAUAGAUUUUCUACAGGUAGACCGAAAUUUGCUCAAGUCAGCAAACAUUUGUCCUUUUGGACCACGAUCUGCUGAAAAUCUGCCUAAGAAAUAUUUGGAAGCUCUCUUUGCAAAAUUACAAAAUCUAGUAUCAUGAGCGGUAAAUGAAGAUAACAUAAUCAAUUGGUUGACUGUGAUGACAGAUGCUUAUUUGUCAAUUAAAUUAUUAUAUGGUAUCUUCUGGAAUAUAUACUAACCAUAGACACGUAAACUGAGCCAGAGGUAAAUUUUUAUUUAUAAAUUGUGCUUAGUUAACUUCCUACGGCAUUCACAUGUGAAUAGCCUUGCGAACAAUUUCUCUCAAAGAAAUGUUGUACUUAACUCCAAAUUCUCGUUUUCAAAGAUGAAUAUUAUGUACAGGGACUCCCAACGAAUAUGGAAAGUCGUUUUUCAGAGAAACUGUAUAAGAUAUUCGAAAACGGUUUUCGCGGGAAGAUUGAUAUCUCUAAAUUGUAUAUUUGCAUAUAUACAGGGUGUUGCUCAAAUCUGUGGUACAGCAAGCAUAUGCUUUCUUAAUUGGAUCAUCCUAUAUUCUAUUAUGUAUUUGGAAAUGCUUUUCCAAGGCAAGAGUAUUUUUAUAAUAUACUGUAGUGCUCUGAAGGCCGUUUGUUUAAAAAAUGCCUAUAUUGAAAGGCUUUGUCAUCCGCCACUUUGCAUAAUUUUUCGGUGAACUUUGGAGAGAGAAUAAAAAAGUACGCAAAUUUUGAGAUCAACUGCGAAAAGUGAUAAUAUGGUAUCUAACUGGAACACCGUAUACAUAUUUUUACACCAUCAUAGUCGGCUUUUCAUCGGCUUUCUUUUGAUAUAAGGUUUUUACUAUCUAGUGUAUUAUAUGAAUCUUCUUGUUCUGGAAAGGUGUUUCCGAAUAUCUAAAAAACGCAGCCUUCCAUCAAGAAAACAUAUAUUUGUCGUGCCACGGAUUUGUGCAACAUCUUGUGUAUUUCCAAGUAAUUUAGAGAUAUACACUACUUUCCAUAUACUUUGGGAAAACCUGUACACGGUUUUGAUCCGAAUCCCGCUGUUAUCUAUCAAUAAUGUGUCUUUUCCCUAAAGCACUGACGUUUCCGAAUUCCAAAAAAGUAUAUCUGAUAGCAGAGUAUUUAUGAAAUGUUUCGACGAUUUUAUCUCCAUUCCAUUUCUAUCAUGGCUUAUGCAUCACCAGAAUGAACUUCUAUAACACAAAAUCCUUCAAUGUAUAUUUUUCAAAGACUAACAUCCAAAGAGUGUGUAUUUCUAGUCUUAAAAACGUACUAUAAGUAUAUAGCUCAUUCCCAUAUACUUAUGUCGGUAUCAACUAUAUGACACAUCCCUACACGGAUCAAAGUGAGACUGUGAAAAUAUUGUGUUGGCAACUAAGUUAUUGUGGACUUUGUAGACAGUUGAAAUUUACAUUUUCAUUUGUUCCGUAUCCAAACUACCUGUUAGGAUUAUAUUCCUCUAUUAAGUAAAGUAACUAUAUCGAUUAGUUCUUUAGUUUUGUUUCUAUGAUAAUUUAAAAAUAGAAGAACGAGACCAUAACAAGUUGCCGCAUAUAGGAAUGGGACCUUGAAAGAAAAGCAGUGCCAAAAAUGCUCAACGAUCUGGCCGUCCAGUUGAUCAGUCAAUGAGACCCAUAUCAAAGUUAUCGAUUUAGAUUGUUAUAACACAACAUGUAAUAAUGCAGAGCUUAACGUAUCGCAUACAUGCAUUGAAAAAAAUAAAAAAGUUUGGAUGUGUCAAGACGCCCAGACGACAACAGAGAUUCACCAAAAAAGAUUUUAUGUUUUCAGCCUGAUGGGAUUAUAAAGGAACUCUGUACAUUAAACUUUUACCAAACAACCAAUUUACGUUCAAGAACUUGCCAUACUGACUGCAACAAUUCAAUCAAAGCAUCCAGAAUUCGGAAUUUGCAAUGGUGUUGUUUUCGACCAUGAUAAUGCAAAACCCCAUACAUCUUUAUCGUCGACCUUGCGCCAUCCAUAUAUCAUAACCAUUUAUUUCGUUCCGUACAGAACUCCUUAGAUUGUAAUUAUUUCAAUGACGCUAAUGAAAUGAUGUCAAAGCACACAUAUAUCAGUUCUUUGAUAGCAAAGGUCAGACAUUUAGUGAACGGGGAAUCAUGUAACUACCUGAAUGAUAGCAAAAGGACAAAUACGGACAGUACCUAGUUAUGUUUUCAAACACAAAAUUUUAUUUUUCUUCAUUAUCUGAAUUCCAUCAAUCACGUAGUUGCCAAUCCAAUAGAUGUACCCAAAAGUUCAUUGAAAUACGAAAAAAUUUGUUUUUCACUUUAGCUGUGUGUCCCUAAAUUCGAUACUGUUCGCAAUAUUUUCUGUAAUGAAACUGUACUUAAAACUACUUUUAAUUUUUUAUAUCUAUACUUAUAAAAGAUAUACCGUGAAUUGUUCGAAAAUGUAUUGGUUGUAAAUAUCGUAAAUGGUAUUCAAAAUAUGUACGUUCAAUUGAACAUGCAUUUUUGUCCAUAAACCUCGGAAUUUUCUCACUAAAAUUCUUUGAGGAAUUUAGAAAAUUCUGAAACAUUGACGUUAUAGUAGCAUUAUGCAUAUUGUUGAUGUAACAAGAUAUUGAAUUUACGCACAAUGUACUUUAUCAUUGGAGAUUGGGAGAACUUGAAUUCAAAUGUACCUAAAUCAACAAAGUAUAUUUUAGCUUUUCAAUGUUCCGUAUCCAAAAUACCACGAAAUAUCAAUCAUUUGUUAAGGCUAUACAGCAUAGGGCUUCAAAACAGGUGAUAAGCGCGUCUGAAUAUUGGUGCAAGAUUGUCCAGACUAGAACAUGGAGGCCACUAAAAACUGUAGCAAACAUUAAUUGCACUCAAAAACAUACCAUAGAAGUCAACGAUUGGAUGCGAAAAAUCUGUAAUGGUGGACUUUAGCAAUCGUUUUUUUUUUACAAAUCUAGGCAUUUCAACCGAAUUCUAACGUCGUGCUUAGUAACAAUGCAUUACAGUUAAAGAACUUUGGAUCUACACCUAGACAUAGUUCGAAUACCCAAGGUAGUAUAACUACAGAAUUUGCAUUUGUUAAAGAAUGGCCAUUUCGAUGUCAGACUACUAAUCUCCUACUCUCUUCCUGAAUUCUAAAAGUGAAUUCCUUACCUGAAUAAAAUAUUUUUAUUGUGAGCCACACCAAGGCUGAGCAAGUAGUCUUCCAUCUUGAAAAUCCUCUGCAUCUUGACUCAAGUUCCUUCAAAGCUCCAUAUAUUCGUUCCACCGUUAACGCCAAAUAUAUUUUGUACAUGUUGUUAGCAUUUAGUGUCAUUUUGUAUAAUAUAUCAACCUGUAUAAAGUCUCACUGUACUUGGUAUCACUUCCAGUUAGAAGCGACGGUUUCUCAAAGUUGAAUAUUGUCCUUUUGUAAACUGAUCAUAUUCCGCGUUAUAUUUCACACCUAUAGAAGUUAGUGGAACUUCGAACAAACUUCCAAAUAGUACGUGUUUGGUCUGCUGCAACUAGUCGUCAACUUUAAAGGUCAGUUCGGGUACUCAAAGGAUUUGGAAUUCGCGCGAGUUGCAUAGAGUUGGUGUUGAUACUGGAUUAACGCUGAUUAGAUGUGCCUAUGUUACCGAGCAACUACGUAUUAGAACUUAUUUAUUAGGUGGCAAUCCAGGCUUUGAUCAUACUAUGCUUAUAGCGUCUGAAUCUCUAUCUGCUACGCAGUUUUACUACUCACCGACUCAAUAGUAAAUAUACAUGGUGACAUACUGAUUUUUUUAUUUAUGAAAUAAAACAGACUUAUUUUCAUUUUAAUAUUUCAUUGAAAGUCACGAGCUAUAUGUGUCAAAAUGAUUAUUGUAUAAAUGCCCAGUUCUGGAAACAGCCCAAGCCAUAGCCUUCUUGACGACAUCUUCCAUCAGCUUUUGAAAAGCUUCAGAAAGGAUGUUCUGGACAGCUUCCUGAGCAUUGCUCUUCAGCUGAUCUACAAUGUUUGUUUGUUGGAAUAAUCCUUAUUCUUUAGAAAUGGCCUCAAAAAAUAGUUUUUGAACCGUGAAUACUGAAGUCUAUAAGAAUUGUCACACAGCUGAACAAGAUGUGAAUGUUCUUUAGGGUCGUUUAAUCUCCCCAUUACGCUCUGCCAUCUAGUCACCAAGAUCACCAGAUUUAAGUCUACUUUUUUGUAAGGAUUCACAAAAAAAUAACGUUUAUGCCAACAAACCAAGCUUUGUGGAAUAGCUAUAAUGAGCAAUACUCAGAAAAGUAUUCAAAGUAUUCAUUCCGGAACCAACCAAAACGUGAUAGAAAACGCAUCAAGGGGCUCAAGUAUGUGCGGCUUUAGAGGCGGACGAUUCGAAAUGUAUUAUUAAUUAUAAUAAAAAAGAAAAAAUAACGGCUUCCGCGUUUUCAAAAAAGUUUGAUAUAGCAUACCACAUGGCGUGGAUCUCUAUUUCUGUAGUUAUUGGGUACAAUUCUGACACCGUAUUGGUCAGAUAGUUAUGCAGAUAGAAUGAAGAAUUUUAAAAUGUCAUCUAAUUCCUCGUCAUAUGUUUUUUUUCAAUUUUGGCUAUAAUUUGUACAGGCUGUUUAGAAUCGUCUAACGUACGUUUUUUUGAAAAAAAAUUAUUUUCAGUUUUGGCUUUUAUUUUCAUAACCUUUAUUUUGGUAUUAGCGACGUUUCCAAUUUUUAUACAAACAAAACUAUUUUAGAUAUCUUCCCUAAUAACGAAGCUAUUCACCAACAACAUACUGCAACCUCACCCUGUAUAUUCAACAGUGCAGUAUUCUUGUCGCAUUUUACAAGCUGUUCAGAUGGUUCGCAUUUCCGCGAGAAAAAAAAAAUACAAGAUAAUGUGUACCUCGCGUUUUAGGUUUUCUGGAUCAAUCUCAUCGCAUGACUGUAACUUAGAAACAAAGUUCAGUUCGUGAUCAAAUUUCAUACGCAUGAUGUCACUUGGUGACAACUGUUCGGCUUGUCAGUAGGAAAUGCAGUUUAUUAGAGGGCUUUUUUACAAUAUCUGGAAUAUUUGCUUAACAUCUUUUGUGAUCUAUUAUACAUAAUAAUUUUAGAAUUAUAUAGAAGUUUCUGUUUAUAUUCUGAUGUUUCUGACAAUAAAAUUUGAUGCAGUAUAUCAUUAUAGAAUCAAUCAUCUUUAUAAAGUUGUCACUUUUGAAAAAUAGCAAUAGACGAUUUUUAAGUUAUUGAAUUGUACAAGAUUUAAUAAAUGAAAAUGCGCCUGUAGCUUAUCAAACUAAAAUCUUCUUGAGGUUCCAAAUAAAGAGGCUUGUUUCUUUUUAUCGAAACAAAUUGAUUUCUAGUCAUCCCUGUGUGCAUCAGUAACAUAUAAAUUCGUUUUAUCAACUUCUUAUACAGAAAAAGAAUAGAGAACAAUACACAAUAUAUGAUGUCUUUAUUAUUUAUCUCAUAAUCUUUUUAAUGAGUAGGUAUCAACAAAAAACGUUUGUAUUGGUGAACCAUCUAAUUGAGUAUAUUUUGUAAUUUUCACAAUAUUUAGCCUUUUUUCAUUCGUAUACUGUAAGCAGUGUGCGCCCUUGAUAAAUCCAUCAAAUGAAGCGAAUAUGCAUUACUUUUCAACCUCCAUCCACUUUAAGGUAAUUCUAACAUGUUUUCUUUUGAACAGUAGUCGCUGUUUAUGUUGCUGAUGAUAUUUCAGAACUUGUUGUCCUUUAUGAGACCAAAAAAUGCCAGUUCGAAACGUCUCUGUCUUUUUUUUGUUGUUGUUGCUCGAACAAUUCACCACCUCAUAGCACACCAUACUUGAAUGCCUAAUUCACUAUUAAUUAUAUUUCACACGUCAGAUAAUAAGCUUAUGAACACUACAAAUUACGUGAUAAAGCGCUAUACAAGACUGAAAAUUUGUCACCCGUCUCUGGGUAAUUUUGUCACGGAGUGACGUCACACAUGCGAAAGGGAUAGUAGACAGACCGCAUGCGCGUCUUCUUGUGGAGAUAGUAUUAUGAUUCCAUCGUUACGUCGUGAUCACGUCACAGUUUUAAAUCACUGAUAUUAAAAAGUAACAUCUAACGUGAAACAGGCGUACUGGAUGACCUUGGACCACACCCUGUACAUGCAAUAUUUCCAGGCAACACCAGCUCUGAUGAACGAUUUGCACGAGCAGUGCGUGGAAGCGCAUCAACAAGGGCGCUUGGAGGCUUCUACUGGAAAUGAUACCCUUCGUCAUUUAUGUAUGAGUGGAUACAUGUGAAGUGUUUGUAUUUAAAAUCGAUAUAUCGGUUUAUUUCGGGACCUUUGAAAGACUAUGUGCAGCACGCUGCUAACCCAGAAGUGUACCGAUCUGUGUACGGCGUGAAAUGGUGAUGAGGUGAGAGUGUAAGGUGUAUAUAAGAAUAUUUCUUGAUUGUUAUAAAAAAGAGGUUAUUUCUUACCUUACAAAAUCUGUAUUUAGAAUUCAAAAUGCUUAGCCGCCUUUUCUUGGUUUUAUCUAAUACAUUUCCAUAGACGGAAUGAGAGGAAUUGACUCAAAUUCAAUUAAAGGUUUUUGAGAUGUAUGAUGACUUAAAAAGACUUUCAAUAUACCUUUGCUAUAAAACUUAAGCGUAAACGCUAAUAUUCUUAAAGAUCCAUCCCUACGGAUAGAAAAGAAUUGCUUCGGAAACCAAUUUAUAAGAACUUAUCCAUUGAAUACGACUAAAUUCAGAAUCGUUAAUUAAUAAUUAAUUUAAAAAGUAGUAUUCGACUUUCAUUUGUAUGAUGUGAAAAGGCUUGCUCUGCCAUGUUACAUAGCAUAUCUAAAGUUCAAAUUAGUAUUUCUGGUUUGUAGUUAUGAAAUUCUGAAACAAAGAUGGAAUUGUCGAGCGAUUUUUGAGGAAGAACGUAAUCUAGUAUUCCCCGCACUCGCCCCCCGUUUUCGAUGCCAUAGCAUCACUAUAACACAUUUCCAGCUGCAAAUAUUUGUAAGCUCACAGGAACCAAAUUAAUAAAUGACUUGAAUGUUCUUAUAAGUGUUAUCAAGAGAGCACCAACGAUACGAUACGAUGAAUAUGUUACUAAUUUCUUCAGAUUCGUUCACCAGUAAAAUAAGGCAACAACCGAAAAAAAAAAACAUGGUAGUUAAUUAUUACAUUUAUUUGUUUAUUUCUUUUUUAAUUGUAUUUAUUUUUUUCAUUUAAAUUUUACUUAUAAACAUUUCAAUCAACCAAAAAGCGUCAGCCAAAACUAAAUCGAAAGUUUUAGUAGAUAAUCGCGCAUCGCAAUACAAAAUUUUCUUCAAUGUGUCAUUAUAAAGUGAUCGGGUUUGCCAUGUUGUUCUGUGUGCUAUCUUAAGCAAGUCAAAUUUCAAGUUCAUUAACGUAAAUAAACUCAAAUAACCCACGAAAAGGAGUCCUUGUGUAUUGGAAAUCCAAUAGACAGAAUUUUAUAUAUUAUACUGCUUGAUACUACUAUACAAUAUUUAUACAUAUACAAACCAAUAACUAAAAUGAUGAAAUACGAUGAUAUUUUGUAACACAACCUAUUAUGUCUGUAUAUUUGUCUGCCAUAUACUUUUCCAGCUCAACAUCCAGCAUAAUAAUAUCGAACCUUACACCUCACCUCACGUCAUAUCUUCGGGUAACAAGGAAGUAUUCACAAAGGAAUAAAAGUGUAUUCAUAUGAAGUGUGCUAUGCUCUUGAUAUUCCAUAUUUCAGCUGUCCAUAUCUUCUGACGGUUUGAUAUAGGUAAGGAAACACAUGUAGAAUCAAUAUAUCAGGUGCUUCAAAUUCGACCCUCACCAUUUUGAUUUCAAAAACGGUAAGAGAUACGAUUUCGAUCAAAUGGGUGCAAAGUUGCACGUUUAGGGUAUUAAGAAUAGGUACUUUAGAAGUUUCACGAUCAGAGUGUUUCCAGAGACAGAUGUAAGAAUCCAAUUUUUCCCAUAAUCAUUUUUCCUUGGCCUUAUUCGAGAUGUGAUUUCAAAAUAAAAAGUAUAAUAACUUUGUCAUUUUUGCUCCUAUAUAAGGUGGUAUAAUUUGAUUUCCAAUAUGACGUUUCGCCUCUUGUCUCAACAUUCAACUUUAUUUCCUAUGAUUAUAUAUUCGUCGCUGGUGUUGAAAAUGAUAGUUUAUCAUACGCUUCCGUUUUUGAGAAGGUUGUUUAAAGAACAUUAAGAUAAUUAUUGGCCCACUUGUCGACAUAAUAAGCGUUACUUAGCACGAUGGAGGCGCCUUAUAUGACACCUCAGCUUUAGGUGAGUAGUAAUUGAAUGCAAGACGCGAGCAUCGGUUUGGAUAUGGCGGAUAUAAAAUGUGCUAAGGGAGAUGCGUCAUCGUCGAGGCUCUUAGUUACUGCAGAAUGUUUCUAUCAGUAACAAAAUAAUGUCUCCAAUAUAUUUAAUACUGCCCUUGAAUAAUAUGAACAAUAUUACGUUUUUCCUUAUCCAGGAAGGAUAUAUUUUCCGAAAUUUGAGGUUUGGUAUCAACUAAUGUCGUGAUAUGUGCAAUAUAAUAUAAGAAUCAUAAAUAGGGGCUAUUCCACAUUGGAAAUUCUUUUUUUUUCUUCAAUAAGUGAGGUUUGACAAUGUCAUUGUAUGACACAUUAUCCAUGUUUACAAUCAGGAUUAAAAACUAUUCACCAUUCACCAGAAAAAAUAAUGUUAAAGGUUAAUGUACCUUUUAAUUUGAUUUCAAGUCUCAAAUAAAGUUAGGAAAAAAUAAUACAAGAUUUUGUGAAAAUUCGGUUUCAUUCGGAAAUACUCGGAAAAGCGAAAGUUCGUGUCAUUUCCUUGUUUACCUAAACGUGCAAGUGCGUCCUAAUUAAGUCGUAUCUUUUUAUGGUUCCAAGUGAUUUCUACGGGAUUCAUGAAAAUCAAACAUUUUUAGUUCUGAUAAAAUACAAUAGCAGCGACAGGAAAAUUGACUAUCAAGAGAAAGUGCAAUGAUAUUUAUUUAAGAUGUAUACAUUUUCUUUUACUUAUGAUAAAUGUUGUUUGUAAAAAAAGUGUAAAUUGACG